UUCUAUGUAAUUCCUUGUUCUUAGUUCCUAUCUAUCCUUAAUCUAUGAUACAGACAUCAUAAGUGGGGACCUACAAUAUAUGUAGUUAGGUGUUCUUUACCUUUGAGUUAUAUACUCUUUCCCUAUGAGUGAAUGUGAAAGAGUUAGUUAUUGAGUAUCCGAGCCAGUGAAAAAAAAAAUACACUUAUUUUUAUUUAUAUGAGGACGAACAAAAUAUCUGAAUUGAAUAAAUAAAAAAAAUCAUCUAUUUGUUCUUGGAAUAAAUAAAAAAUAAUAAUUCUAUUAUGUUUAAAAUUAUUCUUGUUAUUUAAAUUAUGUGUUCUAUUAUUAAUAUGUGUUACAUUUAAAUUCAUAAUUAUUUAAAUAGGAAUUUAUUUAUUUUACAAAUGUGUUCGUCGUGUGAACAAGAUAUGAAGCCCCCAAAUGAAAAUCAGCUGAUACUUCUAUUUUUACCAAUUUCUUUUAUAAUAUUAAAUUUAUAGAAAUUGUAAAAAAGUCUAUAGAAAUGUGUUUUAUUAAGAGUACCUAAGAUGCUAGCAUCUAAAAUGGCAAGAGACGGUGAUCUGCCUACUAUUUUUAAUCCAAAGCGUGUACGCACACCUUCUGUCAUAAUAACAAGUGAAGAAGUAGUGGAAAGCGAACGUGCUGGUGGCGAUUCAGAGAGAGAACGUCCUAAUGGACCACCAACGCCGUUGAGUCCGCGGGCGCCGCUUACACCACAAUCUUCGGUGUGUUCAGCGCCUCCUUUGACCACACAGCCGUCUUUGCAGCAAGCUUUCAGCGAAUCGGCAGCUAGUAGCCAAGACGAGGAGAGACAGUUACGGGAUAAGAAGUGCCCCAGAUCCUGUUGCUCAAGAUUUGCUAAGAAGAUCUACUAUGGGAUAUGUAUGACAAUCGUCCUUACCGCAUCUUGGGUCACUGCAACUCAUUGUAUCAAGCACAUGUAUGUCCAGAAUUAUGUACUCAAUGGUUAUAGCUAUGUUUACAGUACAGAGUCGUCACUAGCCUACAAUAAUGUAACAUCAAAAGUUCGUACACAUAAUCUGUACAAUGCCCCAUUCUUCACGGCAUGGUUCUGUACCAACUGGCUAAUAUUUUUUUAUCCAUUGUACGUGAUAGUUAUGUUGAUCCAUAACAAGUGUAAAUCACCCAAUGAUAUUGUUUUUGAUGCCUUUACUGAUUUCAGAGAAAAGGGAUUUACUUUUGCACGAUUCAUAAGUCGCUGCGGCUUGUUCUGCCUUCUCUGGGUGGUGACUAUCUAUAUGUAUACAUACUCAUUGAAGAUCCUACUCUCCACUGACGUCGUGACACUGUUUGCCACCAACGUAUACUGUGUCUACCUACUCUCGUGGGUUAUACUGCAUGAACAGUUUGUUGGUGUUAGGAUCGUGGCAGCGAUAUUAUGCGAUACGGGCAUAGCUCUGCUUGCGUACAUGGACGGUAUCACUGGCAGCUCCACCCUUGGUGGGGUCGUGCUGGCCGCGUGUGCCGCUGCGGGAUUCGCUAUAUUCAAGGUGCUGUUUAGAAAAGUGAUGGGCGAGAUGAAUUCUGGUCAGCGGGCGUUGUUUUUCUCAAUACUGGGCGUGGUGAGCGCAUCUCUACUGUGGCCAGUGUGCCUGGCACUCUACCUCACUGGCACGGAAAUGCUGCCGUCACACCGCAUGCCCUGGGUGCAUCUUCUCGUAGCCAGCGUCUCACUUCUAGUGUUCCACCUAGUAUUCCAGUUUGGUAAUGUUGUGACGUACAAUAUAUUCAUCUCGCUUGCACUGAUUACUGCUGUACCUGUUUCUGCAGCAUUAGAUGUGGUACUGUACGACGCUCGGUUUGAAGGUAUGAAGCUGGCGGGAGUCAUUUUGAUCACAAUAGGCUUUUUCUUGGUCAUGUUUCCUGAUAACUGGCCUGAUUACAUCAUGAGACUUUUAAGAUGGAGCCGUCGCCGGCAACGCGGUAACAACGGUUCGGGGCGCAACCGCGAUGCAAUGGACUACCGCACCGGGUACAUACGCUCGCACCUCCGGUCGCCAUCCGGCCGUGUCAGGUGACCGCCAGGCGAGACGGAGGACAUCGAAGUACGUACCAUAGAGAGGCAUCGGUUAUCUGUCCGCGGCGACAUGCGUAAGUUGUCCGCAGACUAGCACGCAUUAUAUACAUAAAGUAGUCGUGGUUCAUACAAAGGAAUUAUAAUUAGUCAAUUCGUUAGACGACCGCCGAGCAAGACGGAAGAUAUAGAAGUACAUACCAUAGACAAGCAACGCUUAUCUGUAAGCGCCGACAUAUUGUUUGUAGCCUUACAGAUUGUAAUCAAAAAUAAAUAUUAACGUAUUUUAAUUUGAACUAAAUCAUAUUGACUUAACGUAUAUUUUCGUAUGGAAUGUCUAUUUUCAGCAACGUUCAGCAUCGCUAGACUUAAGCGGUCAUUUAUCUAUGAAAACGUUAAUACGUUAAUCCGGUGUAAUUUAAAUUGAAACCACGAGAAGGUUGUUGUUCAUGCAAGGGAAUUGUUAUAAUAAUUAGUCGACUUGGUUUACACAUACUGUCUAAUUCAUAUUGCUCCGUAUGUGGAAUCCAGCAAGUUUAAUCAAACUGAACUGGAUCGUAUUGUUUAUUAUUUUAUUCAUUUUGGCAUCCAUAGCAUAUAUAGAGACAUAAUAUAGUGACAAUAACUUAAGAAAGCAAAUGUUUAACACAAAAUCUGCGUAGGCUUGUAUAUUUAGAUGAUUUUAGAUGGAAUGAAAUCACUAGAUCAUUGGAUUCAGUUAAUCUCUGCACUUCUCAGGUAGUAUGAUGACGUGUAAAGUCUUAUGUCGUUAUGUGCUUGCAUUAUAUUGACUGUUUGGUUAGACCAAAACAGUAGAUUGACUUAACAAAAUUCACUUUAGGUCAAGUCGAAAUCGGUAAUCGAAUUGCAUUGUUAAAUGGACGUCACAACGUUAUAUUUGAUAUAAUUUUGAUUUGAUCUGAAAGUUUUUUUUUUAUACAACUUAGAAUGGCAAACAAGCUGACGGCCCACCUGAUGGAAAGUGGUAACCGUCGCCUAUAGACAUGAGCAGUACCAUGGACAUAACAAAGUAUACUGUUUCGCCCAUGAUACCCCCCAUGCGUUGCCAUUCCUGAGGACUCAGGUGUUAUUCCUCUGUACCCAGUAAAUUCACGCCAUUUACCCUGUUAGUACAGUGCAAAAAAACUAGUAUAGUGUUACUAUGUAAUUUCAUAGUGUUAACUUGAUGUCUACAUUCAUUCGAAACUCUAGAACAGAAGGUCGCUAAGAAAAAUACUCCUAAUAUUGCUCACAAGAUGGCAGCUAAUGGUACCUAGUAAUUUAUUUUACUGUUAUUAAACAGACAUGCCAAAUUGGAGUAAUAAAUAUGCCAUUUAAAUUACAUACAUAUAUUUAAACACCCGAAUAUUAAUUACCCUUCUUUCUUUGGGUUACUUUACCCAACUGUAAUUAUGUAAAUGGCUAAUAUAUCUUUCAAUUUUUAAUUAUAACGCCUGGAUUAGUUUAAGUAAACAACAAUUGUAGACAUUGAAAAAUGCGUUUUAUUAAAAAAUAAAUAUUUUUUUUUAUUUGUUGUUACGAUCUCGUUAAAGUUAGUAUUAUUAAUACUUUUUUGUAUAAGUUGACUAUUGAUUUGAAAUUAUGCUCAAUAAAAAGGUAUAAACGGAAUAUGAAUUAUCUCAAUAUAUCGUCAUAGUCGUAGAAUACUGACGGAUCUAUAUAUGUAAUAUUUGACAGAUCCGUCGGUAUUCUACGACUAUGACGAUAUAAAACGGUGUAACACAAUAAUAUUUCAAGGAAACUUCAAUUUCUUAUGCUCAUUAUUGACUGAAUACAAUAAUUCGAGACCUCAAUUAAUUGUCCAAAUCUACAUCUGUAUAUUUACAAUUCACUGCAACUAAUACUGUUUUCUAUCUUAACGACUAUCUUAACUUUUACGGGGUAGGUAGAGAUAAUCGAGAGAUGACGAACUUUUUCCUUACCUACUAUUGUAAUCUUCAAUUAUGAUCACUUUUGUAUUACUGAUAUAAUAUUAUUAUUAAUCAGUACCAUAUUGCACUUUAACUAUCUAUAUAUAAGGUACUUUAUCGUCUUGAUGUUGUGAUCCUUCUUGUAGAUCCUUAGUGUAGUAUUUACGAACCUUUAAAAGUGAGAAAUAUAUAAGAUUUCCAGUGUGAGAACGUCGUGUUAUAAACUACCUCUACUUAAGACUCCCGAGACUAUGAGUCGAGUCAAUAAAAAACAUUGUGUCAAUUUAAUGUUUAGCCUAAUUACCUGGUGAUGAAAAACACCAUUAACAAACGAAACUAAUUUAAGAGAUGGUGGUUGGAUUGCCUUCUAUUACGUGUGGAUUCAA